UUUGUUUUUCCUUAAACCGUGAUUCUCGAAUCCAAUACCGAUUUGACACGUGUAAGCUUCUUUCUCAUUCGUUCCUUGUGUUUUUAGUUUUAACAUUAUCAGGGGACACGGACACCGGAGCAACGAUGCGGACUCUGAAAACACAUUCGGAGCUGCCGUUGUCAGAUUUUCAUCUGCUUCUCUUCGUGGCUCAGUUUCUGGACGUGUCAUCCGACGUUCCUGCCUUAGCUGAGUGUAGUCGCCUGUUCCCGAGGGCUCAUCGAAUCAAUGGCCAAUAGUACUUGUUAAUUUUUGUUUUUUUUUUCUUGAUGUUCCUUUAUAUCCCAGAAAAUCUGUUUUACUAGUUGACAAAUGAAAAAAUCUAGUGUACUCGUCAUGUAUUUGAUACAAGUUUGGUGGUUAAUUUACAACUUUCACUGAGUAGUAGUAAUUUGUUCAGGGGCAAAUUGGCCAAAAGAAUUGUUAAUUAUCGAAAUAUUAAAAAGCUGAAAAUUGGCGGGAGAGGUUAGUCUCCAAAGCAGUAGUGGAAGCCCUAGGUUAAUUUUCUCGCUCGUCUGCAAACGCCAUGGAAGACAGUCCUCAAGGCCUUGUGAAGAAAAGGAGAAGAGUUCGGGAUCAGGACGACGGCAGCGACCAGAUAGAGCUCGAUUUCCAGGAAACCCGUCCCAAGCCCAAGCGUAGUCGCACCCAUCCUCCUCCUCAACAGAAUCUCAUUGAGGUUGUCAAAGGCAACGGGGAUCUUAUUUCUAAAGCCGUCAAGAUUUGGGUUGAAAGAUAUGAACACUCUCCCAGACUUGCCACCACUGAGCUCUUGUCAAUGCUCUUUCAGGCUUGCGGUGCUAAACACUCCAUCAAGGAAGAUCUGCUUGAUGAGACUGAUGUCCAUGAUGUUGUCAUUGCCUUUGUUAAUAGUGAUGAAGCCGGGGAAGUUGAAGAUUAUCAGAGUUGGAGAAACAAGGAACUCAACAACUUCAAAGAAAAUCUUGUUUCGUUCUGGAAUUAUCUGAUUAUCGAGUGCCAACACGGGCCAUUGUUUGAUAAACUCUUGUUCAACAAGUGCAUGGACUACAUAAUCGCACUGUCAUGCACUCGACCUAGAUUUUACCGUCAAACUGCCACGCUAAUGGGCCUCCAACUAGUUACAUCUUUCAUUUCUGUUGCAAACACACUCAGUUCACAGCGACAAACCACCCAAAGACAAUUGAAUGCUCAAAGCAAGAAGAGAGCUGACGGGCCUCGUGUGGACUCCCUCAACAAAAGGUUGUCUGUUACUCAUGAACAGAUAACUACACUGGAGGGCAUGAUGCGAAAAAUUUUCACUGGGUUGUUUGUACACCGAUAUCGAGAUAUUGAUAACGAUAUUCGGAUGUCAUGCAUUCAGUCUCUCGGCAUUUGGAUUUUGUCUUAUCCUUCUCUUUUCUUACAAGAUCUGUACUUAAAAUAUCUUGGAUGGACGCUUAAUGACAAAAAUGCUGGAGUGAGGAAAGCUUCUCUAUUGGCAUUGCGAAGACUUUAUGAAACGGAUGAAAACGUCCCCACGCUUGGUCUAUUCACUCAGAGAUUUUCCAAUCGAAUGAUCAAGAUGGGUGUUGAUGUUGAUAUGUCUGCAGCUGUAUGUGCUAUAGGGCUUGUAAAGCAACUGCUAAGACAACAGCUGAUACCUGAUGAUGACCUAGGCCCUUUGUACGAUUUGCUUAUUGAUCAACCUCAAGAAAUCAGACGUGCGAUAGGAGAGUUAGUGUAUGACCACUUGAUCACACAGAAGUUUAACACUUCUCCGUCCAGUCUUACAGGUCCUGGUGAUUUUUCCUCUGAGAUCCAUAUCUUCAGAAUGUUACAAAUAUUACGGGAGUUCUCCACAGAUACGAUUAUAAGUGUUUAUGUAAUUGAUGGUGUUUGGGAGUACAUGAAGGCCAUGAAGGACUGGAAGUGUAUCAUCUCUAUGCUUUUGGAUCAGAAUCCUCAAACUGGGUCUACUACUGACGAGGACUCGACAAACUUGAUCAGACUUCUGAUUGUGUCAAUCAGAAAGGCUGUCGGGGAGAAGACAAUUCCUUCAACGGAUAAUCGAAAGCAGUAUCACACUAAAGCUCAGCGAGAAAUGUUUGAAAACAACAGGAAAGACUUAACGGUGGCAAUGAUGAAGAAUUAUCCACAGCUUCUACGUAAAUUCAUGGCUGACAAAGCAAAAGUGUCGUCUUUGGUUGAGAUUAUUAUGUUUAUGAAACUUGAGCUCUAUUCUCUUAAAAGACAGGAGCAGAGUUUUAAGGCUGCCGUCCGACUCAUAAUUGAUGCUUUUUUCAAACACGGGGAAAAAGAAGCACUAAGAUCUUGCGUCAAGGCUAUAACAUUUUGUGCGUCAGAAAGUAAAGGGGAGCUUCAAGAUUUUUCCCGUGGGAAGCUUAAAGAUCUUGAAGAUGAGCUUUUAGAUAAGCUCACUUGUGCAAUUAGAGAAGUCAAGGAUGGAAAUGAUGAAUACUCCCUCCUUGUAAAUCUGAAAAGGUUGCAUGAGCUUCAAUUGUUAAAGCCUGUGCUUGUUGAGAGCAUGUUCCAUGGGAUUGCUUUGACGCUCCGCAAUUUCAGAAAUUUGGACGAAGAGGUUAUCUGUUUCCUGCUUAUGAAUAUGUACAUGUAUUUGGCGUGGUCUCUGCACUCCAUCAUAAAUUGUGAAGCUAUCUCCGAAGCUUCCUUAUCUUCCCUUAUAUCAAAGCGUGAUACUCUGUUUGAGGAGCUUUCGUACUUCCUGAAUGGAAUUGAGGAAUCGAAGAAAUAUGGUAAUCAGCUAUCGCUCAGGAUCUGUGCUAUACUCGCCGAAACAUGGUGUUUGUUUAGAAAGUCAAAUUAUGACUCGAGUAAACUUGAAAGAUUAGGAUACUGUCCCGACAGUGUCUUUCUUGAGAAAUUUUGGAUACUCUGUGCAGAAACUUUUAGCACUUCAGAUGAGACCGAUGAGGAGGAUGAAAAUACGGAAUACGUUGAAGAGACAAACAGAGAUGUUGCAGUCAUUGCUGCCUGCAAGUUGGUUGCUAGUGAUGUAGUGCCAAAGGAUUAUCUAGGACCAGAGAUAAUAUCACAUCUUGGUAUGCAUGGACCUGGUGUAACAGGCAUCAUAAAGAAUCUUAUUACAUGCUUAAGCAAAAAAGAAGAUGACAUCUCUAAUAUCUAUCUGGAAUCCUUGAAAAGGGCCUAUCACCGGUAUUCAAGUGAACUUUCUAGUGGCCGUGAAGAAUCCAGGGUAGAUAAAUGUCUUCAAGUGUGCCGGGAGCUUGCAGGUGGGCUCUCAGAAAUGUAUAUCGGGGCUGCUUGCAACAAGUACAGAUUGGAGAUUUUUAGUGUGGUCAAGGAAGGUGUUGAGUUUGCUUUUAGGGACGCCCCAAAGCAACUGUUGUUUCUGGAAGUUGCUAUCCUUCCAUUUGCAACCAGACUCUCAGUGCCUGACAUCAUUGACAUUAAGAAGGACGUUCAAGGGCGUAUAGUGCAUGUUAAUACAGACGAAGAUCCCAGCGGAUGGCGUCCUUGCUUCACCUUCUUGGUUUGCCUCAUUCUUCGUGAAAUAGAGCGAUGAACAGCGAUAAGGCCGCGAUCUGGAUUCCUGCAUUCUACGAGGGUGUAUACAAGGCUGUUGAUGAUCCUUCAUUGGAUUCAAUUAUCUCGUGGAGCACAAGCAACCGUAGUUUCAUCAUAUGGAAUCCGUAAGAGUUUCACAGAAGAAUUCUUUCGACGUCAUU